GCUUCUUCUUCUUCUGCUUCUGCGUCAACAAAGACCUCCUCCACUCUCCACCCUCUCUAUUUUUUUUAAACUUUUUUUUAGUACUGACUUGUCACGGCACAGUUUGAUAGACCAGAAGAGGAAACAGACGUUGUUCCUCUCCCCACAGAGAUGGCUGGUGGUUGCCUGAGCAGCUUCUUCAAAUACAUUUCUGUGCUACUUGUUGGGGUUUGCCUCCAUGAUGUGGAGGCUUCCAGGUGUCAACAUGUCAUCAAUAAAAAAGUUGGAGACACUGUGGAGUUUUCAUCAUGCUUACCAACUGAAGGGGUCACCGUGGCAGACUGGAAAUAUGGAGGGUUAUUAAUUGCAGACAAAGAUGGGGAUGUUCCUGAAAAUCAUCAGUUCAAGGGCAGAUUAGACGUAAAUCCCACAAACUUUAGUUUAACAGUGAGAAGACUGACUCUCCAAGAUUCUGGUGAUUUCAAGUUUGUCUCGGAUGGGAAUGACAAACAGAGGGAUACAGUCACCAUCACCCUGCAAGUUCAUGAGCCCAUAACUAAAGAGCCCAACAUCAUCAUUUCCAGUUACAAAUGGCACGACUUGAACGAAUCGUGUACAUUUUUGCUGGAGUGCAACGCAACCACUGACAGCAGUGUCAGCUACAACUGGACCGUGAGGAACCAAACCAUAAGUGGCUCCAGGCUGCAAUACAUCAUCGAACACCAGGACGGAGACACCAAAUUCACCUGCACAAUUUCCAAUUUUGUCAGUGAGAUGUCGACAAUCAAAACAGUGGAGUGCAACAACAUUACGUCUGGCGCAACAUCAAUGGACCCAAACCUUAUCGUUUACCUGAGUGCAGCUGGAGGAGGAUUAUUUCUGAUCAUUGUCGUGAUAGUUGGUGUAGUGGUGUGUGUUUGUCGCCGCAAACAGAGUCAAGAAGGCAGUGACUCAAACGACCUCACCGUGUAUGCUGAUAUCACUGAAGUUGCAAUUGAGGAUAGGGCUUCAUCUACUAUGAAGAAUUGCACACUGUAUGAAACCAUUGAUAAGAGAGUCGAGGCAGUCGCACCUGGGGCCCAGACUGUGUACGACGAGAUCCGGUUAAGUCGCUUGAGGAAGGCCUCGGUGUCGCCCUACCAAGACGUUUCCUAGAAGGUCACACCAGAUGUAUAGUUUGAGUUUCCUUUGAGUAAAAAACAAAAGUAAACCAAGUCGCUCGGAACAACAUUUGGGAAAAGCUUAUAAAGGCCAAAAAUAUUUAAGAUUAAUAUAUUAAAUGAAACGUGCAACACUUGGCAUAAAACAAAGAAUAAGAAGGCUGCGUCAUACUUUUGUAAAUUUUUUAUCUUUGGCCUUGAGAGACUACUGCCCCAUUCCCUUUAUCAUACUGUAUAUAUAUAUAUAUAUAAAAAACUGUUAACAGUGUUGUAAAUUCUGUAAAUACAGAUAAUAUUUGUAUUUAUACUGUACUAUGUAAAUCUUUUGUGCAUGUCCCUCCUUGAUUUCCAAUAAUAAAUAUGUAAAUACAUUU